GUGCGUCCUGCCCCAGGCGGGCCCAGGGCCCCCAGGCGCCCGCCUCCGCCGCAGGCAGACGCUUACGUCAGAGAGGCGAAAACCAGAAGGAGGGCUAGGAAAAAAAAAAAAAAGACACGAGGGCGGAAGGGGAAAAACUUUAUUUUUUUUCUAAUUCUCUCCUGGGGCUGAAGUGAAGGGCAGACGACUGCGCCAGCGCGGUCUUCCGGAGAGAGCCGGCGCGACCCCAGCCGGCUGCGCGGAGGAGCCGGGUCCCGGAGGCCCGAGGGGGCGCCCGACAUGUGGGACCCGCAGGACUUCGAGCGCCACUGGCAGGCCGAGUUCCCCGGGCAGGAGGCGCCAGUCAUGCGGCUCGACUCGGUGCUGGACAUGGAGCGGGAGCUGGAGAGCUGCAAAGUUAACCUGCGGCGGCUGCAACAGGUGCUGGCAGAGGAGAAGUUUAAAGUCUCCUACCUGCAGUCGGCCCUGGCCGGGGAGAAGCGGGACCUCGAGCGCGGAGACGGCGGCAGCGCGGGAGCUUCGGCCGAGGAGCCGGCGCCGGCCGCACUGGAGCGGGCGCCGCCACAGCGCGAGGAGGGCGCAGCGGGCUGCGGCGGAGACCUCCCCGCACCCGAGCACCCUGUGCCGGAGGUGGCCGCCAGGGCCGAGACACCUCCGUACGUGUGCCUGGACCUUCCGCCCUGGCCGGUGGCGGCGGGGGCGGGGGGCACCGUGCGCAGUUUGACCGCGGCCAUCCACCAGCAGCUGCUGCAGCCUCGCAUCCUCUUCAGGUCCCGGGAGGACUGUGCGCCCCCCGGCCCCGAUGGCACAGUGCCCAGAGCCCCAAGAGAGGAGCCGUCCUCUGGGACCCGUGCCGGGCGGGGCUCAGAGGAGGGCGAGCCGGACGCCUCGGGCGGGGACGAUGGGGGUGACAGCAGUGACCACGACUUCGAGAUGGUAGAUUUAAACGAGAAAUUCGUCCUAGGCCACUUGCUCGUGGCCCCCUGCCGGCUCGGGACCCGCGAAGAGGCCGAAAAGCCGGCACGGGCGGGCAGCCCCCAUCGCUGGAUGCACCUGAUCCCGGGGGGCUGGCGGCAGCAGCGUCGGAGCCGCGACCUGGAGCAGCUGGAGUCGGAGGCCAAGGACGGGCGGGGCUCGCCCACAGCUGCGGACGAACCCUCCAGGCGCGGGGCCCGAGAGCACCUUCCGCCGUGGCGGCGCAAGAGGUUCCUUCGGGUGCCGGAGCGGGACUCGCCCAGCCACAGCUCGCCGGAAAGGGGCAGUGACUGCAGCCACAACAGCUCGGACCACGAAGACGGCUCCUCUGCAGACUUCAGCUACGGGGCAGACGACUACGACGGUGAGGGGAAUGAGGAGCAGAAGGGACCCCCGGAGGGCUCAGAGACCAUGCCGUACAUCGACGAGUCGCCCACCAUGUCACCCCAGCUCAGUGCCCGCAGCCAGGGCGGCGGGGACAGCAUCUCCCCCACCCCGCCAGAGGGGUUGGCACCUGGGGUGGAAGCCGGGAAAGGCCUGGAGAUGAGGAAGCUGGUUCUCUCAGGGUUCCUGGCCAGCGAAGAGAUCUACAUUAACCAGCUGGAAGCCCUGUUGCUGCCCAUGAAGCCCCUGAAGGCCACAGCCACCACCUCCCAGCCCGUGCUCACCAUCCAGCAGAUCGAGACCAUCUUCUACAAGAUCCAGGACAUCUACGAAAUCCACAAGGAGUUCUACGACAACCUCUGCCCCAAGGUGCAGCAGUGGGACAGCCAGGUCACCAUGGGCCACCUCUUCCAGAAGCUGGCCAGCCAGCUUGGCGUGUACAAAGCCUUCGUGGAUAACUAUAAAGUCGCUCUGGAGACAGCUGAGAAGUGCAGCCAGUCCAACAACCAAUUCCAGAAGAUCUCCGAGGAACUCAAAGUGAAAGGUCCCAAGGACUCCAAGGAGAGCCACACGUCAGUCACUAUGGAAGCUCUGCUCUACAAGCCCAUUGACCGAGUCACCAGGAGCACCCUGGUCCUACAUGACCUGCUGAAGCACACACCUGUGGACCACCCGGACUACCCGCUACUUCAGGAUGCUCUCCGCAUCUCCCAGAACUUCCUGUCCAGCAUCAACGAGGACAUUGACCCCCGCCGGACUGCCGUCACAACACCCAAAGGGGAGACGCGGCAGCUGGUGAAGGACGGCUUCCUGGUGGAAGUGUCAGAGGGUUCCCGGAAGCUUCGGCACGUCUUCCUCUUCACAGAUGUCCUACUGUGUGCCAAGCUCAAGAAGACAUCUGCAGGGAAGCACCAGCAAUAUGACUGCAAAUGGUACAUCCCCCUGGCCGACCUCGUGUUUCCGUCCCCGGAGGAGGCGGAGGCCAGCCCCCACGUGCACCCCUUCCCAGACCAUGAGCUGGAGGACAUGAAAAUGAAGAUCUCUGCCCUCAAGAGUGAGAUCCAGAAAGAGAAAGCCAACAAAGGACAGAGCCGGGCCAUCGAGCGCCUGAAGAAGAAGAUGUUUGAGAAUGAGUUCUUGCUGCUGCUUAAUUCCCCCACAAUCCCAUUUCGGAUCCACAAUCGGAACGGAAAGAGCUACCUGUUCCUGCUGUCCUCGGACUAUGAGAGGUCAGAGUGGAGAGAAGCGAUUCAGAAACUACAGAAGAAGGAUCUCCAGGCCUUUGUCCUGAGCUCGGUGGAGCUCCAGGUGCUCACGGGAUCCUGCUUCAAACUUAGGACUGUCCACAACAUUCCUGUCACCAGCAAUAAAGAUGAUGACGAGUCUCCAGGGCUCUAUGGCUUCCUUCAUGUCAUCGUCCACUCUGCCAAGGGGUUCAAGCAGUCAGCAAACCUGUACUGUACCCUGGAGGUGGACUCCUUCGGCUAUUUUGUCAGCAAAGCCAAAACCAGGGUGUUUCGGGACACGACAGAGCCCAAGUGGGAUGAGGAGUUCGAGAUUGAGCUGGAGGGCUCUCAGUCCCUGAGGAUCCUGUGCUACGAGAAGUGCUACGAUAAGACCAAGGUCAACAAGGACAACAACGAGAUCGUGGACAAGAUCAUGGGCAAAGGGCAGAUCCAGCUGGAUCCACAAACCGUGGAAACCAAGAACUGGCACACAGAUGUGAUCGAGAUGAACGGGAUCAAAGUGGAAUUCUCCAUGAAGUUCACCAGCCGAGAUAUGAGCCUGAAGAGGACCCCGUCCAAAAAGCAGACCGGCGUCUUCGGCGUCAAGAUCAGUGUGGUGACGAAGCGGGAGCGCUCCAAGGUGCCCUACAUCGUGCGGCAGUGCGUGGAGGAGGUGGAGAAGAGGGGCAUCGAGGAGGUCGGCAUCUACCGGAUAUCGGGCGUGGCCACGGACAUCCAGGCGCUGAAGGCUGUCUUUGAUGCCAACAACAAGGACAUCCUGCUGAUGCUGAGUGACAUGGACAUCAACGCCAUCGCUGGCACCCUCAAGCUCUACUUCCGAGAGCUGCCCGAGCCCCUCCUCACAGACCGACUCUACCCUGCCUUCAUGGAGGGCAUCGCCCUGUCAGACCCUGCUGCCAAGGAAAACUGCAUGAUGCAUCUGCUCCGCUCCCUGCCCGACCCCAACCUCAUCACCUUCCUCUUCCUGCUGGAACACUUGAAAAGGGUUGCUGAGAAGGAGCCCAUCAACAAAAUGUCCCUUCACAACCUGGCUACCGUGUUUGGCCCCACGUUGCUGAGACCCUCAGAAAUGGAGAGCAAAGCACACCUCACGUCGGCUGCGGACAUCUGGUCCCAUGAUGUCAUGGCACAGGUCCAGGUCCUCCUCUACUACCUGCAGCACCCCCCCAUCUCCUUCGCAGAACUGAAGCGGAACACACUGUACUUCUCCACCGAUGUGUAGCCCCGGGUGGGAGCAGCUGUGGAGGUGGCCAACCAGCCCCUCCAGCUGGGGGACCCAACACAGACUUGAAAGACUACAAUAGAAGACUCCCAAACCCAGCACUCCAGACUCCAAGGGACUCGGAUUUCCAAGAACUGGAACACGUGCAUCUUUCGUGCCACCUUGUACAGAGCCAGCUGACCCGCCCCCAGCCUCACCGCCACGCCCCGGGCCCCUGCCCUCUGUUCCUCUAGUUGCGUCUAAUGCUCCACGCCGUUCGGGAAUUGUUUUAUGUCUGUCUGUCAUGCAGAAAAGGUAGUGACUGACCCGGUGUGGGCAGAGACGGCCUGCUUUGUUCUUUCAUUUCCUCCAACACUUUCUUUCCUCCUGAGUCCAGUCCAAGGGCUUUUUAUUUGGCGUUUGGUGACCGCUGCCAGCUUAGCCUCUCUUGGCCCCGCUCCCAGAUCGCAGUCUCCUGGCAGCCUCCCCCCCCCAGCCUGCCCGCAUGCAUGUGCAGCCUUGGUUUUCGCUCCAUCACAGUGGAAGCUCUGAGGAGGCCCUGCCCUCGCCCUCCCGCUGUGCAAGCGCACCUGCUCGCCUCGCCGCCGUGCCAGUGUCGGACAAGGAGACGGACUCGCACUCCUUCUCGGCUUAGCACAGAGCUGGAAAGUGGAUUUCUGGAGUGUCCCACCUGAGAAUCCCCAUUUCUGGGUUUGUCUCUUCUGUCUCCUGCCCACCGGUGAGGCAUUUUGACUGUUUCUUCUACUGCUUCUCAGUUUCUUUCCCCGCCACUUUCUGCUUCCUUUGAGCGUGAAGACUCUCGAGUGACCUGCUACAUCGCCACGGGGAGAGGAAAGACUUGGGGGAGGUGAGGGAGGCGGCCACUGAUGCAACCACGGGUCAGGCAUGGGAGGAAGGCCACACAGCACCGGGUGUCAAGUGGGGGGGGGCCGCUGUCGGCAGUGAGUUGUCGCAGCUUUUGUGGGGGAGCUGGGCCUCCAGGAGGGCGGCUCGGAUGGACGGCUGAAGCAGGUGUCCAGACACGGGCAGGCUCCAUCCAGAAACUGGCCCUUCUGGCGCCUCUCGUACCUCGUGGUACCUUUGCCUUAGACUUUACAUUCCCCACAGCCAAGCACUGCCACGGGGCAGCCCUAGCGGCCAUGUGUGCUCCCGGGCCUGGCAAGGGCGGGUGUGGUCCAGCGGUAGCCAGCCCUCGGGGUGCUGCCUCCCCACCCCGGCUUCUCCGUGCAGCCUUUCGGACGAACUUUGGGAACUCAAGAAGCUGGGGAAGCCUGAGGGGUUACAGGUACCACCUCCUGGAAUUGGGUCUUGCUGGAGACCCUUAGUGUUGAUGCUCUGCUCCAAAGUCAGGGAUCAGCAGGUCCCAUUCCCAACUUUGCGACUCGUUGCUCGGUACCAGAAAGGAAUGAGAAGUAUAGCCAAAUGCUUGUUUCUUCCCUUGUGAGCAGGAGCGACCAACCUGGAAGGGCAGACACUCCUGGGCUGCAGGGGACUGAGUUGCAGUACAAGCUCCCUGGCUCUCCUGUGUGGCAGAGAGUAGAUUCCCGGCUCUCAGGACUAGAGAGAACUGCUCUUGUAGCUUGAGCUCAGGGCUAAGUUUUAAAGAAGGGUCGGUUGGCCCUAACGCCGUAACGCUUGCUCAGUGAGAAGCGGGGCCCUUUCUGAUCUUGUUUACACCUGUUGCCCAAUCUUGGGCAGAAUGGUACACAUUCUGUGCACAUCAGAUGAAAGAGAUGCCCGAGAGGAGGGGAAAUACUGGCCACUUAGCUACCUGUUAGCAGCUUAGCUAGGAGCCCUGCUCCCUGAGACAGGAGAUGGGGAAAGAACUUGAACCUGAAGGUCGCAGCAUCUGCCCAUCCCUGGAGUCUCUGCUUGGCACUCAGGAGUCGGUAUGUGGCAUGGGAGGCUCUUGCUUCCAAAGCCAUUGAUGGUAAUGAACUGGAGGCCCAGCUUGAGCUAGUUACAGCCAAACUUAGGUGCCUCCCACCUCCCCCAAAUAAGGGGUGUUUACUUAGUGUCAGGUAGCUACUGCAGCCCCUGAGCGUAGGCAGUGCAAUGGGAGGAAGGCUAGAAAGACUGAGAAAUUCGAAAGGCUCAGAAUGUUUAUAAAUUCUACCCUCAGAGUGGAGGGGGCAGGUACCAGACCUGGACUGAGCUGCAGCCCAUGGAUUCUCCCGAGAAGUGGGGACUGUGUGUCCCAGGACCCCCAGCCCCUCUGCCCAGCAGAUAGGCCACAGCAGUCCCGGUAGGCCUGUCCUUGCUGGCAAUGACCGCAGGCUGCUGGGUUUUGCUGAUACAGGUAGGAUGGCACCCUUCAUUAAUAUUUGACUUUAAUAAGUUGGUAAGGAUAUAUUUUUUGUCUAUGUUCUGUUUCAACUUAUGUAGAUUAUUAUAAAUUGAUGUAAACCACAUGAGAGAAAAUGUUAAUAAAAAAAAUGCAAAGCCCCAA